CAUAGGAAACUGUGCCCUUUUUGGGCUAGAAAGCAUUGAGAUCCCGGAUUGUCCUUAUUCUCAACACAGUGUGGGAGAAGAAGAAAUGUUACCACGGUGGUUUCUCAGCCCAGGGCAUCCUGAGGAACUGGGGAGGGGUUUCCCUUGCUCCUGAGUGAGGAAUGGAAAUGCGACAGAGAGAGAGGGAUACAGGCAUGGAGGUUGGGUAAAGGGGAUGCUGAACCUUUAUUAAUCAGUGAUCAGGGACCAGAUUAUACAAUGUAACGUCUGUAGGUGCCAGCCCCCCUGCCUGCCACCAAGUCAGCUCCCCACCCCCACCCCUGCUGAAGGAAGACUAUAAGGUUGAGAUUUAAUGUCCAUCACUCAUCUGAAUGGGGCUUGAAGAAGAAAUUCAGUUCAGUUAUAGAACAGCUUGGCACACACAUCCCACAAAGUCUGCAGCUCCAGCUCAGAUCUCCCUGUGAGUUCUAGACUUGUGUCCAGGUUAGAUUAGAUUUUUCAGCCUCAAGCUGAGCAUGCUCACAACUAAACCCAUCUCUUCUCAUCUUCUCACCCUCCUCAGUCCUUAACCAAAACCUGUUCUUCUGUCUUCCCGAUUUUACUAAAUAUUAUCAGCAUUCAUUCAGUUGUCCAGGGCACCAACCAAGGUGUUGUGCUGAGGGCGGGUGUAGUUCAGACAGCUCUAAAGAUGAAAAGCCAACUAAGGCAUUGCCAUCCUAUUAUCUGUCAUCUAUACUGGGGCUUCACAGGGGAUUUAGUUUAAAAAUUAGGUCUGCUUUUUCAAUAGUUUGGAAAACCGCUGUAGAAUAGGAUGCAAUAGAUGAAGCAAAAGAGCCUAGAAACCUUUCCAUGGAGGCCAAAGCCACUUGAAAGCCUGGGAGCUGCAGUGGUGUCUGCCGCUGGAGGACGGACGGGAGGAGGUGGACUGAAAGGAAAACUCCUGAUUGACAUCGGCUCUGGGCCCACCAUCUACCAGCUCCUCUCUGCCUGCGAGACUUUCGAGGUGAUCGUGGCCUCGGACUACACGGACAAGAACCGCCAGGAGCUGGAGAAGUGGCUGAAGAAGGAGCCGGGGGCGUUUGACUGGUCCCCGGUGGUGAAAUACGUGUGUGAGCUUGAGGGGAACAGAGACAGGUGGGCGGAGAAGGAGGAGCGCCUAAGGAAAGCUGUCCGCCAGGUGCUCAAGUGUGAUAUCCUGAAAGAACGGCCCCUGGAACCUGCGGUCCUGCCCCCGGCCAACUGCCUCAUUUCCUCCCUGUGCCUCGAGGCUGCCUGCCCCACCCUGGGGGCCUGCCGGGAUGCUCUGCGCCACAUCAAGACCCUGCUCCAGCCCAGGGGCCAUCUGGUGCUGAGUGGGACCUUCGGUUCCACCUUCUACAUGGUGGGGGACAAGUGGUUCCCCACACUGCCCCUGGAGGAGAAAUUCCUGCUGGAGGCCCUGCAGGAGAUCGGCUUCACCAUUGAAAAGCUGGAGAAGGCUCCGCGAGCAGCUGAGACCCUCUUGGAUAAUCGGUCCGACUACACCAGGAUGUUCUUCCUGGUGGCCCGGAGAGGGGACUGAGGCAGUGACUUGAGGAGCUGGCAGCGUGCAGGGCAGGGCUCCCACCAUCACUCUGUCCCUCAUUCGCUUUCCUUCCCACUUAAUUAGCUUUACUUAGAACCCUUACUAGCAAAUGAUUGCCAGGUAAAUAGGGACGCUUAUCUGAAACAGAGAGGUUUAGCACACCAGUCAGAAUGGCCAUCAUUAAAAAGCCCACAAAUGACAAAUGCUGGAGAGGGUGUGGAGAAAAGGGAACCCUCCUACACUGCUGGUGGCAGUGUAGUUUGGUGUAGCCAUUACGGAAAACAGUAUGAAUAUGAAUUUUAAAAAACUAAAAAUAAGCUUACCAUAUGAUCCAGCAAUCCCCCUCCUGGGCAUAUAUCCAGAGGAAACUAUAAUUUGAAAAGAUGCAUGCACCUCAAUGUUCAUAGCAGGACGUUUUUCAAUAGCCAAGACAUGGAAGCAACCCAAAUGUCCAUUGACAGAUGAUUGGAUAAAGAAGAUGUACACACACACACACACACACACACACACACACACACACACACACACACGAUAGAGUACUACUCAGCCAUAAAAAAGAAUAAAAUAAUGCCAUUUGCAGCAACAUGGAUGGACCUGGAGUUUGUCACACUAAGUGAAGUAAGCCAGAAAGAGAAAGAAAAAUAUCAUAUGACAUCACUUACAUGUGGAAUCUAAAAAAAAGACACAAAUGAACUUAUUUACAAAGCAGAAACAGACUCACAGACAUAGAAAACAAACAUGGUUACCAAGGGGGAAGGGGGUGGGUGGGUGGAGGGAUAAACUGGGAACUCUAGGUUUGCAGAUACUACUAUAUAUAAAAUAGAUAAACAACAAAGUCCUACUGGAUAGCACAGGGAACUCUAUUCAAUACCUUUUAAUAGCCUAUAAUGAAAAAGAAUAUGAAAAGGAAUAUAUCUGUAUAACUGAAUCACUAUGCUGUA